AUGUCUCUUUCCAAAACACCUCAGCUUAAAGUCCUCAUCAACGGCGCUGGCAUCGCCGGAUCCAAUCUUGCGUAUUGGUUAGCUAGGACCCGCCUCAAUGCCUCCAUCACGGUUUUGGAACGAUCACCAUCUCCUCGAACCACGGGACAGUCUAUUGAGAUCCGCGGUGCAGCUAUCUCCAUCGUCGAGAAGAUGGGCUUGUUACCAAGUGUGCUCGCACGUAACACCACAGAGGACGGCACUCGCCUUGUCAACGCUUCCAACAAGAUUAUCGCCGAGUUCGGAAAAGGCGACAACCGCUUCACAUCCGAGUAUGAGAUUCUGCGAGCCGACCUAUGUGGUUUAUUCGUGGAUGCGUCCAAGAGCAUGGAGAACGUCAAUUAUGUGUACGGAGACUACGUCACAGCCGUGGAACAAACGGAUAAGAAAGUCGAUGUUACCUUCAAUAGUGGAGCAAAAGAUAGCUUCGACUUCAUCGUUGGUGCAGAUGGCUCAACAUCACGGAUACGGUCUCUUAUCUUGGACGAAGAAACGCGGAAGGAUAGCUACAACUUCAUUGGCCAGUACAUUGCGUACUUCAGCAUUCCUCGUGAAGAAUCAGACACGAAGCACUGGUACUGGUACAACGCACCGAGAGGCUUAGGCCUCAUGACACGACCGCACCGCAAUGGGAAGACCACUGGAUGCUACAUGUGCGUUACGACACCAGCACAUGGACAACGUGAUCCGCUUGCCGAAGCAGCGAUGGAUGGAGGGCCCGAAAAGCAGAAGGAAUUUCUACACGCAACCUUCCACGAUGCAGGAUGGCAGGCCAAGAGAAUCCUGGCUGGUAUGGACGGGUGCGACGAUUUUUACAUGAGCCGCGCAGCGUAUGUCAAGCUCCCCACAUGGACGAACAACCGUGCGGUACUCCUCGGUGAUGCAGCCCACGCAACAUUCGGAGUGGGAGUCACUCUGGCUGUCGAAGGUGCAUACCACUUAGCAGGCGAGCUCAGCAAGAUAGAGAAUAGCGAUGGCAUCCCAGCAGCGCUCAAGCUGUGGGAAGAGAAUUUCCGUAAGAUCCAAGGAAAGCAUGAAAGUCUGCCGCCUGGAUUUCCACAGCUUGCUUUCCCGCAGACCGCCUGGGGGAUCAAAGUGCGCGACACGCUUGCCUGGACUAUCGGGAAGACCAAGGCUUACAAGUUGCUCCCGGAAGAUAAGCCUGAUGACUCGAAACUGCAAAACUACGAGUGGAUUACUACGAAUCGCUGGCGCGCAACGAUUGUCUAUGGGUGUACCAUAUACUCCGGAGUUGACGUCAAACCCCCUGGCAGCUUCUAUCUCGUACUAUAUUGCGGCGGGAAAUGGGAUCGCGUGCUGACGGUUGACGCUGACGAAUGGGACAUAUGGAAUAAGGUCUACGUCCCCGAGCUUUACACGUUUCCCGAGGACGUGGAGGAUGGAACAAAGGAUACAUGCAAGCCCCUUGACCUGUGGUACCCGAAGCCAGUCAGCAGUACGUGUUCAACUCCUUUUCUUCCCUUUGGGUUUGCUAUCAAUGCUGACGCAUCGGACACCGCAGAGAAGAACAAAGCACGCUUCAUCGAUUCCGUCCUUCCAGGCGCGACGGUCGAGAACACGGUGGUUUUCGCCAAGGUGAAAGGCCGGCUAGAAAGGACCCAAGGAUUGAUCCCGCCGGCCCUUAUCGACACUGGCAAGGUGUAUCUCGCGCAGUGUGCCGAGCGGGACACCGAGGCAAACAAACACAUUGGCAAAAUCGUUACGGCGGAUUGGGGUUUCGUAACUUCCCUCCCACGUUACGGAAAGUGGACAUAUAAACCGUAG